GGAAAUUUUCAUAAAGAAAAAAAAAAAAACCAGAGAGGAAAAAGAGGGCAAGAAAGAACAGCUCCAAUUGCGCUCAUAUUAUUGUUUUGUCGUUAAAUGUAACGAUCUCUCUCUGUCAAUAGCGUUUCUUCGUUUCAACAAUGGAAUUCCUGCAGAAAGCUGGGAUCCGCGUUUCUCGAUCGCAGUCUCAGCAAAAUCUUCACCAAAUUCUCCUCCAUAUCCUCUGACAACCUCCCUUCCGCCAUAGCCACCACCAUUACUUCUCUAACCCUUCCUUCUUCCUCCCCCUCUCUCAAGCUUUGCAGCUCUUUCCGCUUCUCUCGCCGCUGCACCGUGGCCGGAUUCCAAAACCCUCGGUCCGGCUCCGGUUAGCAUUCUCCUCCUCCUCCUCCUCCUCCAGAUUCGGCCUCAUUCCUCUGUAAGUGCCUUGAGAUUUGCUCUACAUUGAUCUGAAACGCGACGAAAUCUUAUGUUCUCCGUUUCCUACUUCGAAUCGCCGUUUUCUGAAAUGCCUCGUGCUUCCAAUUGUGUUUCGGUUUGAACCAUUCGCUUUGUACGGAAGAUCUCCGCCGUUUUUUUUGUCCUUGUAUGAGCCGGCCAAGGCCAAGUUGUGGCAUCUCGUUGUUGCGAGCGUUUUGUGUUUUUUCCCUUUCCUCUCCCUCUCUUUUUUAUCGUCUUCGUGGCUUUUUGAGAUUAGGAGGCUGAAAUGCGGCAUCAGUACUCCCUCUGAUCUCCUUUGAUUUUAGAUUUUGUGGUUGUGUCUUCGUUUUGCAGUCGAGAAGAAAUUGAGAUUGGCGGCCGUCGGGGAUUUUCAUCUUUCUUUUCGUCUUCAUAGUUUCUGAAAUGUCAACCGCGAGGGAGCAUCACACGGUGCCGCUCUCGGUGCUGCUAAAGCGAGAAUUGGCUCACGAGAAGGUAGAGAAGCCUGAGCUUGUCUAUGGGCAGGCCAACCAGAGCAAGAAAGGAGAAGAUUUCACGCUCGUCAAAACUGAAUGCCAGAGGAUCCUUGGCGAUGGCGUUACUACUUACUCCGUUUUUGGGUUAUUUGAUGGUCAUAAUGGCUGUGCAGCAGCGAUUUACACCAAGGAGAAUCUUCUAAACAACGUUAUAGCUGCUAUUCCUCAAGACCUUAACCGAGAGGAAUGGCUAGCGGCACUUCCCAGGGCAUUGGUUGCAGGAUUUGUCAAAACAGAUAAAGAGUUUCAAGUUAGAGGACAACCAUCUGGAACAACUGUCACAUUUGUGAUCAUUGAAGGAUGGGUUGUUACUGUAGCAUCGGUCGGAGAUUCUCGUUGCAUACUUGAAUCUGCUGAAGGCGAUCUCUACUACUUGUCAGCAGAUCACAGACUUGAUUGCAAUGAAGAGGAGAGGAAUCGUAUUACAGCAAGUGGUGGUGAGGUUGGGCGCCUGAAUACUGGUGGUGGUGCAGAGAUUGGCCCGCUGAGAUGUUGGCCUGGUGGCUUGUGUCUCUCACGGUCCAUCGGAGAUUUGGACGUUGGCGAGUAUAUUGUUCCUGUUCCUUAUGUGAAGCAAGUCAAGUUGUCUACUGGUGGUGGUAGACUUAUCAUCGCAAGUGAUGGAGUUUGGGAUGCUGUGUCUGCAGAAACGUCUCUUGAAUGUUGCCGUGGCAUGGCCCCAGAUGCUGCAGCAUCACAGAUCGUUAAAGAAGCCGUGCAUCCCAAGGGUAUCAGAGAUGACACUACUUGCAUUGUUGUCGACAUGCUUCCAAUGGAGAAGCCAGCCAUCCCUCACCCAGCACCUAGGAAACAGCAAGUCAAAGGAGUGUUGAGGUCUAUGUUCCGAAAGAAGUCUUCUGAAUCAUCUUCUCAUCCCGACAAAGAAUACGUUGAGCCAGAUGUUGUUGAGGAGAUGUUCGAGGAAGGCUCUGCUAUGCUUUCAGAAAGGUUAGACACGAAGUAUCCGUUGUGCAACAUGUUUAAGUUGUUCAUGUGUGCGGUGUGCCAAGUAGAGAUUAGACCUGACGAAGGAGUAUCCAUACAUGCCGGGUCAGCUAACAUGAGAAGGCUACGCCCCUGGGAUGGCCCUUUCCUUUGUGUCAGUUGCCAAGAGAAGAGGGAAGCCAUGGAAGGGAAAAGACAAUCUGGAGAUAGACACAGUAGCGAAAGUGACUGAGCCAACCAGUGAGGCUCAUUCAGCUAUAGAUGGCGCGGUGAUGCAUCUCAACGAGCACUAACAAUUGUUUCAGAAGUUUAAUGUAAAUGAUAAAAGACAAGUUAUCUUGGGAGGUUACUUCAACUAGAAUCCGAAGGCAGAAUGAUUUGGGAAGCCAGACCACUUUGCUUUGGAGACAAGGAUGGAUGAAAAGAGACGAGAAGAGAUUGUUAUUGGUUGCUGCUGCUGCUGCUUACAAGUCAGUCUCAAUCAGACAUACGUAUGUUUAUCUAACUUGAAGAUAUGAUGAUGAUUCUCGUUAGUUUGUGCUUGACCUGCCUUCCCAAGACUCGAGCUUGAUCGUGCCAGAUGCUCAGCAGCAGCAGCAGUAUGCAUCAAAGAGGGGUCAGUCGUCUUUUAUUAAUCAAUAUUAUUAUUAUUAUUAUUUAUUUAUUUAUUUCUUUCUUUCUUUCUCCUUGUAUUUGAAUCCGCAAUAUUCUUCUCCAAAAUUCAUAAAGCUAACAUCUGAACAACAACGGUAGCAACAAUGUUCAAACAUUAUUAUAAUUUGGUAGGCACCUUAACGACAAGUAUUCUUGUUCCACAUUGGAGAGAAAGAGAUACAAUUGGCAGUGUAGGGAUGAGAGAAACAAUGGGUGUGUGAUUGACAAGAGAUGUAGCUGUAGCUGUAGCUGUAGUUGUAUAAUCUUGUUCCAUAUGUCCAUAGUAAGCUCUGCCUGGGGGAAGAGAAUUGCUGCUAUAUACUAGUAAUUUGCUCUGUUAAUUCUUUUAUUGUUUGUGAAAUAGAAAUGUUAAAAGCGUCAA